AUGGGACCAGUCUCUUUUCUUCCCAAAUAUCAGAAAUUAAGCACUUGGAAAGGAGAUUUGGCCAAGAUGACCCAUUUACAGGCUGGACUCAGCCCAGAGACUAUAGAGAAAGCUCGCCUAGAACUGAAUGAAAACCCAGAUGUUUUACACCAGGAUAUUCAGCAAGUCAGGGACAUGAUCAUCACCAGGCCUGACAUUGGGUUUUUACGCACAGAUGAUGCCUUCAUCCUGAGAUUUCUCCGAGCCAGGAAGUUUCACCAAGCAGAUGCCUUUAGACUCCUGGCCCAGUACUUCCAGUACCGCCAGCUAAACCUGGACAUGUUCAAAAACUUCAAGGCUGAUGAUCCUGGCAUUAAAAGGGCCCUCAUCGAUGGGUUCCCUGGAGUGCUGGAAAACCGCGAUCACUAUGGCAGGAAGAUUCUUCUGCUGUUUGCAGCCAAUUGGGAUCAGAGUAGGAACUCCUUCACUGACAUCCUCCGGGCCAUCCUGCUGUCACUGGAAGUCCUUAUUGAAGAUCCGGAGCUUCAGAUAAAUGGUUUCAUUUUAAUUAUAGACUGGAGUAAUUUUUCCUUCAAACAAGCCUCCAAACUGACACCAUCAAUCCUCAAACUGGCCAUUGAAGGGUUGCAGGACAGCUUUCCUGCCCGCUUUGGAGGAGUCCAUUUUGUCAACCAGCCCUGGUACAUUCAUGCCUUGUACACGCUCAUCAAGCCAUUCCUUAAAGACAAGACCAGGAAACGGAUUUUCCUGCAUGGAAACAACUUAAACAGCCUCCACCAGCUAAUACACCCUGAAUUUUUGCCAUCUGAAUUUGGAGGAACCCUUCCUCCUUAUGACAUGGGAACUUGGGCCCGGACGUUACUCGGUCCUGACUACAGCGACGAAAAUGACUACACUCACACUUCCUAUAAUGCAAUGCACGUGAAACACACAUCCUCCAAUCUGGAGAGAGAGUGCUCACCCAAGCCGAUGAAGAGAUCUCAGUCUGUGGUAGAAGCUGGGACCCUGAAACAUGAGAACAAGGGAGAGAAUGAGAACACUCAGCCACUCCUGGCUCUGGACUGA